UAUUGUCGGUGACUGUAGACAACUACAACGCCCACAAUGCACGAACGGAAUUGUUCAUUCGCACUACAUUUCCCAAUAUGCACUAGGGAUUCAAAUAUAGAAAACCUUGAAGACCGAAGUUCUUUGGUGAUAACAAGUUUCUCUAACUGGAGCGCGAGUGUGUCCAAACAAAGACCCAUUGAACUAUAGCUGCAUAUUGGUCUGCUGGGCAGCAGCGCAAGGAUGGCAGAGGAACACACGAAGAUAUCUGAGUUGCCCGAAGACGUGGAAACAGAUGACUGUAUGACCACCUACACUUACAUUUACAGCCCAGACUUGCUUAAAGACCAUGUUGCCUUCAUAACUGGCGGUGGAUCUGGAAUUGGAUUCCGAAUUUCAGAAGUGCUAAUGAGGCAUGGCUGUGACACAGUGAUUGGCAGCAGGAAUCUGGAGAGGCUCACUGAGGCGGCUGAGAAGUUAAGUUCUGCCACUGGGCGGCGCUGCCUGGCUCUGCGCAUGGACGUCCGACAGCCAGAAACCAUUUCCGCAGCUGUCGAGGAGGCAUUGAAAGAGUUUGGAAGAAUUGACAUCCUCAUUAAUAAUGCUGCAGGUAACUUCCUGUGCCCUGCCACUUCCCUGUCCUUCAAUGCCUUUAAGACGGUGAUGGAAAUUGACACCAUGGGCACAUUCAACACAAGCAAGGUGGUCUAUGAAAGGUGGUUCAAGGAUCAUGGUGGCUCCAUUGUAAACAUCUCAGCAACUCUGGGCUACAAGGGCCAAGCUCUCCAGGUGCAUGCUGGGUCUGCAAAGGCUGCCAAUGAUGCCAUGACUAGACACCUUGCAGUAGAAUGGGGACCAAGCGGUGUUAGGCUCAACACAUUGGCACCUGGUCCAAUCUCAGGCACAGAGGGAUUCCGCCGCCUGGGUGGAAUGGGGGCGGAUACCAGCGGUGCUUUCCAGACCAUCCCGCUGCAGCGGGCCGGGAACAAGACUGAGAUGGCCCACGGGGUGCUGUUCCUGGCCAGCCGGGCGUCCUCGUACGUGACUGGUGCCUGCCUGGUGGCGGACGGGGGCAGCUGGCUCACCUCUGCGAACAACCUGCCUGCACUCCUGGGUAUAGCCUUCUCCCAAUCUGCUAAACUCUGACUCUCGACUCGGCCAUCCCAGAUUACUGGUCAUCUACACUGAAGAAAGACAAGUAAAAGACUAAAGAAAGUUACACUAACUAAAUCCUUUGCAACAUCAAAUGAAUGCUUCUGUUUCCCAAUACUUUAAGCUUCCAAAAAUAAGUAGAACGGGACUGGGAGAGAGUGAGAGAAAGAGAACACACACAGAGAACAUCUUGGCACCAGAUGGUUUAUUGUAACAAUUUUAUUGUCUUUAGCAUCAGAAAUGUUCUCAAUAUCACUUUUAAAAGUAAUUUUGUUGCUAAAUUGCAACAUGUAAAUGGAAGCAUCUUUCUUGAAUACCUCCAAGAUCAAACAGUUACAUUUUCUGAUAUGUAUGAGGUACCUUUUUUGGCUUGGACUUCAUUUUCGGUUUAGAUUUACAGCAUGCAAAACGUAGAGAUUCUUAAUUCCCUGAAUAAAAUAUCUAACCUUC